CUCUCGUCACGUACCUAUAGCUCCAUCUGCAGUGACGCCUUGUGCCCUCUUUUGCAAACUUUCACAUCAUUACAACGGAUUGCUAGAUUGCCAGCAGCCCACCGUUCCGCCGCAGCCCUGAUCCCCGAUUUCACCCAUCACUCCAAUUGAUUCAGCGCGAGACAGGAUUUUGCCAUUUAGAACAACCGAAUCGAGAUGGCGGACUCAGGGCUCGUCAAGUCGGAGUUCGUCAAGGACGAGCCGGCUGCCUCGCCAAUGGCGCUUGACGAGGACGACCUCUUUGAAGAUGCUGGCGAUCUCGACUUCUAUGACAAAUCGGCUCCCGGAAAUACGUUUGAGACGCUGUACCUUGCGCGCAUCCCCAAGUACAUGUGGGAUGCGUGGAUCAAGGUGACCGAGAAGCUGGGCGACGACGACGAGAUCCAGAUCGGCACGCUACGGACGUGGAACGAGCCUCAGAUGGACACAUUGGCAGAUGGGACGCCUCGUGAGCUUACGAAGCUGCGCAUGCUCCUCACGGCGAAUACCCCGGAGCACCAGCUUCUCCCUCGAGAGUACGAUCUGGAGAUUCUCGACCAGGACGUGAACAAUUCCUUCAUCUUCAGCGAAGAGGAUCUGCCGGGUUACAAGAACAAAACGCGCUCAGAUGCGGCUAGCGCUGGAAUACCACUCGCCCUGCUACGAUCGAGAGGAAAUGGCAAUGGCGGUUCCGAGAGGCCAACCUAUGAUCGAAGGAGUCGGUACCAGCCGUAUUACCGCAAAGCUAUCCCGAAGAAAACCAAAAUCUUUGGUAAAAUCCGAUACGAUCUACGUGUUGAGCCACGAAACCUACGGGAAGAAGAGGAGCUCUUGGCGAAGCGCAUCUUUGAAGCCGAGAAUUCCAAAACGAAGCUUCAAAUCAUCAGCAGGAACAAAGCGUCUUCCAUUAUCAAUCCUGGAGCUACGGGCUCCGUUAGCUGGGGAGGAAAUUUCAUCAAAAAUGCUGCCCCUACUGCUAAACCCAAGAAGGGCGAAAUCCUCAAGGCUACUCGUAUUCCAAAGAACCAGCUUCUCGAUCUUAUUUUCGAUUGCUUCCGUCAAUAUCAGUACUGGUCGAUGAAGGCCCUGCGGCAAAGAACUCAGCAGCCAGACUCUUAUCUACGCCAGGUCUUGGAGGAAGUUGCAGUUCUCAACAAGAGCGGCCCAUUUGCCAACCACUACUGCUUGAGUGAAGCUUACCGAGAUAAGGGUGGCAAUGAUGCCAAAGAGGCUGCCGCGGAGGCGAUGGAUGAUGAUGGCGAUGACGACGAGGGUGAAGAAAUGGAAGAUGUGCUGGUGAUGCAGUGAGAUUAUGUCUCAUUAAACGUCUUUUUUCACAGCUAUGUCCGCUAUGAAUGGGCGGUACCACAGGGAGAGCCUUUUCUUUCUUCCAUGUUCUUCCGUUAUUUUUUUCAUUUAUCUCAAAGGACGGAAUACCAGCCGUUUAAAUAUGAAAACAAGAGUCAAUGGGUAUCAACUGGCGUCGGGGCGUUGGGUUCAUGCCGCUCAAGGCAUUUAAUACCCUUUUUAUAAUGGGAAAUCCUAGCUAAGAGUAUAGAGUAUAUCAAUUGAUUAUAC